AUGACAUCCCUCCCACCAACACGAGUCAACCCCAAGAUCGAAAACAACCCCUCCAAAAUCCAACUCCUCCGCCUCUCCCACACCCACUUCCAACAUCCCGACCUCGCCCUCUUCUCCCGCUUCGCAGCAGACUUCGGCUUCACAGAAGUAGCCCGCAACGCCGACUCCACCAAAAUCUACUACAGCGGCUACGGCAUCGAUCCAUUCGUCUACAUCGCCAGCCAAAGCCCCGAUGGCAAAGCACGCUUCCUAGGACCCGGCUUCGUCGCAGCCUCGAAAGCGGACUUCGAGAAAGCUUGUAAAUUGGAAGGCGCUGAAGUGAAGGAUCUCAGCGAUGCCCCCGGUGGAGGUGAGAUGGUGACGAUCGCGAGGCCGAAUGGGACGUUUUUCUCGGUGUUGUAUGGACAGGAGGAGAGGCAUGUGGAUGUCAGCACGGCGGAGGUGCCGACAGCCACGACGGUGGAUAUGAGUUCUUACAAUUAUCCCUUCCACAAACCACGCAAAGCCCGCUUCCAACGCCUCAAAGAAGGCCCCGCCCUAAUCCACAAACUGGGCCACUUCGGCUACAUCAGCACGACCUUCGACGCCGACUACGCCUUCUACACGUCGACGUUCAACUUCGCGCCCUCGGACAUCGCGCACGUCCCCGAGAAGGACGACGUGGAUAUGCUGGUGUUUAUGCAUUUGGAUCUGGGUAGGAGGUAUAGUGAUCAUCAUUGUAUGUUUUUGGGCAGGGCGCCCGAGGGGAGUGAGAGGGGGUUUUUGCAUCAUAGUUCGUAUGAAGUCAACGACUACGACGAACAAAUGAUGGGUCAUCGCUAUCUGGAAUCGAAAGGCUGGGAGAGUAUUUGGGGCGUCGGCCGCCACAUCCUCGGCUCGCAAGUCUUCGACUACUGGCAAGACCCGUCGGGCUUCAAAAUCGAACACUACGCGGACGGGGACGUCGUCAACGAGGAGCAUGUGGUUACGAGGGAGCCGGCGGGACCGGUGCAUGUUUGGGGGCCGGAUUUGCCCAAGACGUUUUUUAUGGAGAAGACGCUUGUUGGGUAUGGUUAG